AUGAACACUUUGAUAUUAUCGUCUAUUCCAUGUCUAGAAUCGUUACCAGAUGAAUUAUUUUAUGAUAUUUUUGAAUAUUUAUCAGUUCGAGAUUUGUAUAAUGGAUUUUAUAAUCUUAAUUGUCGUUUUACAUCGAUUCUUUCUUCGCUCACUAAUGUCUAUGGAGAAAUGAUAACUAAAGAAGAAGCAUAUUCACCUGCUUUUCUUUUCUUUGCUACUCGUAUUACUAUACUGAGCGUGGAACAUGUUGAACCAAUUGAUUUUUCUUCAUUUGUAGCUCUUCGUUCGCUUAGAUUACAUACUGAACCAAAUCGUAGUCAAUGUCAAUCAAUUCAACUUCUUUCUCGUCUCGAAUAUUUGUCUGUUGAUAAACCUCGUGUUGAACAUUUUUAUUAUUCAAUUUCAUUGUCUUUCUUCGUGUUGACAAAUGCAUUUCCAUCUCUUCGUUCAUGUCGUCUCAAUCUAAUUCCAUUCAAAGAUAAACAACAAUGGACACUUGUACCUUCGCUUCAUAUAUUGAAUAUUAGUAUUGGUAAUCCUCGUGUUUAUCCACAAAUACUUUAUGCUUGUCCAUCACUUGAUAAAUUUAGUCUUGAAUUUACACCACAUUUUACUACACCGCCCAAAGUAUUCUUUGAUUCAUCCCAUACAUCUCUUCGACAACUUAAACUUCGCUUAAAUUGUACGACAUUUUCAUAUUGUCAAAUUAUUGAUUUACUAUUAUCUCUCGUACCAAACUUGAUAUAUUUAUCUAUUAGAGGAUCUCUUAGCGAUGCCAACAACAUCGAUAUAGACUCACUCGCUAUCAUUCUUUAUGAUCGCGUUCCUAAACUUAAUAAAUUCUUUCUCAAAAUGGCAGUUCAAGAAUCACUUAUUAAUACUCAACAAGAUGAUAAUUAUGAAAACAUACAACAGUUACAUCCACUUUUUCAAUAUAUUAUAAUAGAUCCAUCAACACAGUAUACACCAGCACGAUUGAUCAUUCAAUCAGAAAGUGGAUAA